UAUGUCUAAUUCUAUUAGUACUUCAAGAUUUACUUGCAUUCUUUGUACGCGUUCACGAUCUUAUAAAACUCAAUGUGGUCUUCAACGUCAUGAAACAAUAAAACACAAAGAAUAUAAUAUACUUCCUUCUCAUAUAUUACCAUUACCUAACUAUGAGCUUGAUUAUAUUAAAAAAGUUAUGGUCUGGGAAAUUCAGAAGCGUCUAAAAAAGCAUCAUCGUACUGUUGGAAAUCAAGUUUUUUCUUUACAUUGUAGUGAAAAUGCCUUUGUAGAAAUAUUUGGUAAAUAUCUUACACGAUAUUCUCUAUGUGGAGAACGAGAUUAUGGUAACGGUCAACUUAGUUGGGUUAAAUUAGUAGACGAAAUGAAUU